AUGCGAGCUCGCUUGUUGCUAGUUCCCCUGUUCAGCGUGCUCGUCGGCACCGCUGCUGGAGCAGGACUCGAACGACGCGCCGACGAAUCUUCUUCCUCGGAGUCUCCCAAGACCAGCGCCACCAAUGACUCCAAGACGACAAGCGCCCCUGCCUCUCGCUCGAGCUCGACUGAGGAUAGCAAGACCACCUCUUCCAGCAAGACAUCAGAUGCCGACGUAGUAGUCACUUCUACCAAGACUGUCACGGGAGAUGUCGAGACGGUCACCAGCAAGACCACUGUCGGAUCGACCAAGACUGUUACCGUUACAUCGACAAGGACCAAGUUCGAGACCGAUACUACCACCGCGAGCGGAGAUGUCGAGACGUCGAUUGUUGUUGUCACUACCACCGUGGCAGGUAACGCGAAGCGAGCUGUUCCCGAGAUCCCAGCCGCUACUACUGCCCCCGCUUUCCUCGAUGGUGCUUUCGAUCUGGUCCGACUGGCCAAGCGUGCCACCUCUACCGAGGUCGUUGAGACCACCGUUGCUGGGAAAACAACCACCGUGUGGGAAACCCAGAGUGACGAGGCGACAUCAACCACGGUUGUGUCGACGGAAAUCACAUCCAAGGUGACCAUAACGAAGAAUCCCGAUGCCGCAUCGACCACGACAAUCACCAGCACUCAGACUGAAACAAGCCUCAAUAUUAGCACCGAUGUUGUGACGAGAACCACGACAGCAUCAUCCGGUGCUUCUUCCACCUCGAGCGCAGGCAGCGGAAACAGCGACGGAGGCAACAGCGGAAGCAAUAGCGGGAGCGACAGUGGCCUGAGCACUGGUGCCAAGGCUGGUAUCGGCGCUGGUGUUGGUGUUGCCGGUCUUGUUCUCAUCAUUGGCCUAGCCUGGUUCUGCAUCAGGAAGCGCCGCGACGGAGCUGGUCACGACCAUGAUGACCUCUUCCCUGCUUCUGAAGUCCCAGUCGGUGCUGGUGGCGCCCGAGCCAGCACCCACACUGCAACCAUGUCUCAUGCGUCCAUCUCCCACCAGCCAUCCAUGUCUCAGAGCACUGCUGGUGGCGUCUACCCAACUCCCGCGCGGAGCCCUACUUUCCCCAAUGUUGCUGCCGAAGGCUACCGUGGAACUGCUAUGGGAGACGGUCGAGCCGGAUAUGCCAAGCCAGAGCCCUAUGGCGCUGGAUACGCAAAGCCAGAACCUUAUGGCUCCGCCUACACCAGAACAUCAACCGGACCAAGCUCAAUGGGCAGUGUUCAAGACGCAUAUGCCCCACCAAACAGAACCAGCACUUACGACAGCGCGCGUGGCCACGAGGUCGAUCCCGCCAACAUUGGCGUUGCUUCCACAAGCCCAGUUCCUCAUCAGUAUGGCACGUCGGGCAGCAGAUUCUCCGAAAUGGAGACGAACGAGCAGCCCUACAGACCACCCUACAUGGACAAUGUGAGGUAA